GUUUGUUUUCAUGCGCGCUGCGCGCAGGCCGUCAGGGAAGUGGUGGGCGUUCCUCUUCAUUCGCUCGUUGACUGUUGAUGCUGAGAAGAAUUUCUCCUCCGCAAUCAGCUCUUCAGAUGUUUCUCCCUACGCUUGUAGAGGACAUGCAUCAUUUUAAACCCAGUCGAGACAGACUGUACACCACUAGGUGUUGCGGAUGUUGCCACGUCCGAACGGGGACGAUCAUCCUGGGAACAUGGUACAUGGUAGUGAACCUGUUGAUGGGCAUCCUGCUCACUGUCGCUGUGACCCACCCAGAGAACGUCCCCACUAUCGACCUGCAGUAUGAGGUCAUUGACCACUAUUUUGCUUCUGACCGGAUGUCUGAAAAUGCCUGUGUUGGAUUUGCCAUCUCUCUCUUGAUGCUCACUAUCAGUGCCAUGAUGGUGUACGGCGCUAUUACUCACCGUGAGGGCUGGCUCAUCCCAUUUUUCUGCUACCAGCUGUUUGACUUUGCUCUGAGCUGCCUGGUGGCCAUCAGUUCUCUCACGUACCUACCCAGGAUCAGAGACUACCUGGACCAGCUGCCGGAUUUCCCAUACAAGGAUAACCUCCUCUAUAUGAACUCCAGCUGCCUGCUGCUCGUUGUGCUGGUCUUCUUUGCCUUCCUCAUCAUCCUCAAGGCUUAUUUGAUCAACUGUGUGUGGAACUGCUACAAGUAUAUUAACAACAGGAACAUGCCAGAAAUCGCUGUGUACCCUGCCUUUGAAACCCCUCCCCAGUACAUCUUGCCUACUUACGAGAUGGCCAUGAAGAUGCCAGAGAAGGAGCCGCCUCCUCCUUACAUGCCAGCCUAAACACCAGCCCUGUUGCCAAAACACACACGCACACACAGCCAUCAUAUGCAUUCCUUCUUGCCCUCACCUGAUCCCGACCCCUCUGACCUGUUGUGUAAGUGUAAGACCACUGAAGAUGUUUAGUUCAACCCUCCCACCUGCCCUCAGCCGCUGUAUUUCUAUAGUGUCUAUAGAGCGUUCUGGAGAUGAGAGGAGAAAGGUGGCAAAUGAGAGCAUGACUGAAAAUGAAUGAAUGUGUUUAAAAAGAGGCACAAGUGUAUCCCUGUCCCACCCCCAUCUUCUGCCAACAUUUUUUUUGUUGUCUUAGUAAAAGGGAUAUAUGUGAAAGUUAAACUGCUUGAAAUGCUCUUAUCAAUCCAGCACAUCCCAUUAAUAGAUUGAUAUAUGAAGUUUAAAAGAAAAACAAACUGACAAUCCACUUACUAUAGCACUUAUUGUUGCAUUGUGUUACAGUUUUCCCCUCAAUCAUUAAGAAGUAAAUGAUUCUAUCUCAGUCUUGAAUGGAGUCUGUAGCAUUUUUUGUCUGUUAUUUAUUUAGCUUCACUGUAAUUAAGUUUUACCCCCACCUUAGACAUCAUCACCACUCUCUGCUGCCCCUAUGUGUUGGCUAAGGUAGUAAACUGUGUUCCAGCUAAGAUAAACGUGUGGGGGCAGAGGGCACUGAUGGUGGAUCAUUUUCUCUGCUUUUUCUUUUUAACUUUUGGUACCUGUAGAAAACGGCUAGUCUUGUGAAAAUUAGUUGUUGCAUGCUUAUCGGCAAACCUUACCCUCGUUCCUAUAUUGGUCAUAUGAUUUAUCCUAGUAGAAAUACAUUUGACUUCAAUAAACCUUUCAAAACUAUUA